AUGGCGGCCGAAAAGUCCGCCGCUGAUCUGGCAGACAUCAUAUUGAAUCGGCAGAAUGUAGCUCUAGCGCGCAGCCAACGCAUCGUGCAGUCAUGGCUGCCUCCCAAAACGGAAGGCACGAAGCCUGUCGAUGAGUCUCAGAUGGACGAUGAUUUGGAAGGCAUGGACGAGCUGUCGGGCAUUGGCUCCAAGCGAAAAGCAGAGGAUGACGAGAUUGGUAUACUUGGUGGUCUCAAGAAGCGGAGGCUCGCCACUAAUGACAAGCUGAUGGAGCAGCUGCUGGGAAGGAAAGCUGCGGCGGAGCGGAGAAAGACGCUCGAAAAGCAGAAAGGCCAGGGCAUGGCGAAAUACAAACCGUUAGCUACUCAGCCGAAGAAGGAAGAAGGAGCCGCACGCAAGGUGGACGAUGACAACGAGGACGAGGACGACAACAGGGGACGGACCGCGAGCUUCAAGUCGCGCAAGCAGAAGUCCUCCGUUGUACAGGCGUUAGUGCAGACGGCGGAACCUGAUGCAGGAAGUGAGAGCUUACAGGCACUUGAGGAUGAAGAGAAGGAUUCUACCGCGCAUGCUCCGAGAGUCUUGCCUACCGUGCCCGCCAAGCGGCAGAAGACAGGCAGUUACCUCGAUGAAUUGCUCAACAAGAGCGCUACAAAGAAGAAGAAGCACAAGAAGAAAAAAGCAGCUCUGGCACCGAGGCAACACGAGUGCUCUGCCUAG